AAUUCUGUACAUAUCGAAGACUGGCUUUUCCAGCGACUGUUUCUAGAUGUUAUAUUCACUUUGCUCGUGGUAUAGUAGACGUAUUUCAGAAGUCGGAUCAUCAAUGCCAGUACGAUAAACACUAAAAACGACAUUCAAAGACUAGUUAGACGUUUCUCAAGAGCUUGUGUUAAGAUGACUUGGCAAAGGAGUUUCUUAUUUCGUAUGAUCGUGUUUCUGACCUUUUUUCAUCCGGAUUGUUUUAAUAAUUCCAAGUUCGAAGAUCCAGGUCCUGCACAAAAGGAAAAUGUAAAAUGCAUAACAAACCAAAUUGAAGACGAUUUGAUGAUUCAAUCAUUGACAGAUUUUUCCGAGCCAGAUAAAAGGCAGAAAAACCCAGUAAUAGAGAGGAGAGUACCAGAAGGUACAGACUUUAUGUAUGAAUGUCGUAACUUGAAGAAAGAAGCAAUAUUGAAAUGGGGAUUGUAUAAGCGAGGAGUGUCUUCCCCUUCUCGUCUCUUUUCAAGAGUGGAAGUAGCUAAGGCGAAAUCCUUUUGCUCGGUGUAUUGGGCAUCUGAAUUCAAAGCUUCAAGGUAUUCUGGACGAAUACAUGUUGAAUACAACACAACGUCACAGUGCGUCAUAUGGAUUCUAUCAAGCGUAACCAGGGAAGAUGAGAAUAUUUUCGUUGCUGCAGUUCGUGAUAAUUUUGCACAAGGCCAAGGCUUUAGGGAGUGCACUCCCGUAUCCUUAAAUGUAUUUAAAGCUAAUACACCUGUCCCUACUACACCAGCUUUACAGACCACACCCGUUACAACCCAAAAACCAGGUGAGUCAGUGUUUAACCAGUUUCUGAUUACCUUUUCAGUUACUUUCAAAUAUCUAAUAUUUCGUAUAUAGAAAUUACACUUUAGUAAACAAACAAA